GAAAGCUAUCAGCCAUUCACUUCCAGUUCCAGGUGUCCCGACAAAUAUCGGGAAAGAUCCUCGAAAAAUGUCAAUGUUAGUGGAGUGUGUACCCAAUUUUUCUGAAGGCAACAACCAAGAGGUGAUCAAUGAGAUCGGUAAGGCCAUCUCCCAGACGGCAGACUGCAAACUCCUGGACGUGGAUGCUGGGCCUUCCACCAACCGAACUGUUUACACCUUCGUGGGGAGUCCUGCAGCAGUGGUCGAGGGAGCACUGAAUGCAGCCAGGACAGCUUUUCAGCUUAUCAACAUGGAAAACCACAAAGGUGAGCAUCCUCGGAUGGGAGCCCUUGACGUUUGCCCCUUCAUUCCAGUGAGGAAUGUCACCAUGGCGGACUGUGUUCACUGUGCCAACCUCUUUGGGAAACGCUUGGCAGAUGAACUGCAUGUGCCUGUGUAUCUCUAUGGUGAAGCUGCUCAGAAGGAGAGCAGGAGGUCUCUGCCAGCCAUCCGAGCGGGAGAAUAUGAAGGUCUCCACAAGAAACUCAGAGAGGAAGAAUGGACUCCUGAUUUCGGCCCUGCAAACUUUGUUCCAAGGUGGGGAGCAACAGUAACAGGUGCACGGAAAUUCCUCAUCGCGUACAACAUCAAUCUCCUUUGCACGAAGGAGCUGGCACAUCGGAUAGCCCUGAACAUCCGGGAACAGGGCCGUGGGAAGGACCAGCCUGGGCGACUGAAGCAGGUGCAAGGGAUGGGUUGGUACUUGGAAGAGGAGAACAUGGCUCAAGUCUCCACCAACCUGUUGGACUUUGAAACCACCCCCCUCCAUGCGGUCUAUGAAGAGGUCUGCCGGGAUGCUCGGGAUCUGAACCUACCUGUGAUAGGAUCUCAGCUUGUGGGCCUUGUUCCCAAAAAGGCCAUGCUGGACGCAGCCGAAUUUUAUAUUAACAGAGAAAAUCUCUUCAUCCUUGAGGAAGAUCACAAAAUCAGACUGAUCAUCAACCGGCUGGGGCUGGAUUCUUUGUGUCCAUUCAACCCCAAGGAACGUAUUAUUGAGGAGAUGGUGGAGGAUGGGAAGGAGAGCGGCUACCUGGCCUCUCUGCCUCUUCGUACCUUGGUGCAAAAAGUUGGGUCUCGCUCAGCUGCUCCUGGUGGAGGAUCCGUCGCAGCCGCUGUGGCUUCCAUGGGAGCAGCACUGGGUUGCAUGAUGGGAUUGAUGACCUAUGGGAAGCGUCAGUUUGAAGAACUGGACCCAGUCAUGAGAAAGUUGAUACCUCCUUUUCAUCAGGCCAUGAAUGAGCUGGUAGCCAUGGUGGAUGAAGACUCCAUGGCUUUCAGCAGCUACAUGGAUGCUAUGAAACUUCCCAAGAACACACCUGAGGAGAAAGAAAGGCGCACAGCAGCCAUGCAGUUGGGUCUGAAAAAAGCGGUUGGUGUCCCUUUCUCGCUGGCAGGAAAAGUUCAUUCCUUGUGGCCUUCUCUAAAAGAAUUGGCUCGUCAUGGAAACUUAGCCUGCAAAUCAGAUAUUCAGGUAGCAGUAAAGAUGCUAGAAGCUGGUGUAUUUGGUGCCUCUUUUAACGUCAUCACUAACCUGAAAGAUAUAACAGAUGAAGGCUUUAAGCAUCAGGUGCAGGCGAAACUCUCCCAUUUCGUGGAGGAGGCCAAGCAAAGUGCAGCAUUUGUACUGGAGCUGCUGGAGAAACGAACAACAUGAAAGGAAAUUUGCCCAAGCUGCUUCUUAUUCCUCCCUCUGUUUGCAGGUUCAUUGUGUUGUACGUGGUUAGCCCAGUCUUGGGCCAUCAUUGCUUGCUCCCUGCCCUCCAACCUGAAAGAAAUCAGCUACAAAUACAGAUUUCAUGGCCCUGUAUUCCUCACUUUGUCCAUGGAUCUCCCACAGCCACAGAGGCAUUGACUUUGUUAGUCACUGUCAUGUUCUAGCCCUGACCUGGAUGACCCAGGCUAGCCUAAUCUCCUACAGUCUCAGAAGCUAAGCAGGGUCGGCCCUGGUUAGUACUUGGAUGGGAGACCUCCAAGGAAUACCAGGAUUGCUAUGCAGAGGAAGGCAAACCUCUCCUGCUAGUCUCCUGCCCUGAAAACCUACUGGGUCACCAUGAAUCAGCUGAGAUGGCACUUUACACGCAUACAUCAUGUUCUAAAAACAAGGACAAAAGGGCAGGUAAUUUUUUAUUAGGACAACCAAAAUGACUCAAAACAGUGUGCAAGUUUUCAAGUGCUCCAGAACUCUUUGUCAAUCUCAGGCCCCUUCCACACAUGCAGGAUAAUGCACUUUCAAUCCACUUUCAAUGCACUUUGCAGCUGUGCGGAAUAGCAAAAUCCACUUGCAAACAAUUGUGGAAGUGGAUUGAAAGUGCAUUAUUCUGCAUGUGCAGAAAAGGCUUCAGUGUUACAAAAAAACAAGGGAAGAAGUUGGAUUGGAUAAUGGAAGACUUCGUCUCUCUCUCCCCUUUGUUUCUGUAAGAUUCGUAAUGAGGAAUUCCUAAUGAGGAAUUCUGGAGAACUAAGGGCAGAAAGGCAGCGUAUAAAUUUUGUAAACAAAUAAAAAUAAAGAGUUUGUG